ACUUGUAAAAUGGCGCUCCCCAUGUGACAUGUGUGUGAAUCAAAACAACGUGAUUUUUGCUAAACUACUGCGUUUUAAUCGCUAUUUUGCUACUUUUCAAGAUGUUGACACCAUCCUUUGAGUUAUUUCAAGAUGAUAUAUUUCUAACUAUUGUCAUCAAGGCUCCAUUUACAAAGGUGUCGGAGACCGAGAUAUUCAUUGAAGACAGUGACUUCAAGUUCUACUCAAAGCCAUAUUUUCUGAGACUGAAUCUCCCUGGCAACAUUAGAGAAGAUGGUAGAGAGUCGGCCAACUAUGAUGCUGAUAAAGGUACCUUCACCAUCCGAGCACCCAAGCAGACUCCAGGACAGGUGUUUGAGGGCCUGGACAUGCUCACCAAGCUGUUGGCCCCUCGGGGAGACGGAUCAGCUAAACAGCCCACCAUUGAAGUCAUGGGGGAGGAGUCCAUGCUGCCAAGUGAUGCCCUUGAUGAGGAGGAGGACAUUGACUGGUCGGUGGAGCAGACGCCAUUCAUUGAGACAUCAGUGCUGACAGAUGGACACAAGUACGGCUUUGGCUGCCUGAGAUCUGGGGUCUUCAAGAGACUGCAGUCGGAGCUGUGUGAGGUCGUUGACGUGAGAGACCCGGACUCCGUGGCUCCAGGACAGAGGCGGUCACAGAGGAAGGAUGAGGAAGCCCACAAGUUUGAUGAUGACCACUACCUAGCGGACCUCUACCAGGAUGACAUCGUGCAGCAUCUGCUGUCAUUCAGACCACCGUGGGAUGCUGCAUGGAAUCAGCUCUCCAAGGGCGGGAAGAGGAGGGAUUUAGUGACCUUGACAGAGGAAGAGAAGGAGAAGAUGAGGAAGCUACCCAACAAAGAAUAUUUGAUUGACAGCAGCCUGCUUCCAUCGGUGUACCUAGGCCUGGUUGAUAUUAUCUUCUGCUACAUGUACAGUUACCGCGUCACGGAAGGGGAACACAAUGUGGAGUCAGGUUGGACAAUCUCUAAGCUGAGUGCCACCCUCUCCUGGCUGGAGACGUUCUCCAGCCUGCAGGAGAUGCUGGUCACCUGCUACAGAAGGUGCUUGUGCUUCCCCCUGCAUCGCCACUGGAGCUUGCUGGAAGCUGUGACGGAGGACACCUGUAGGGUGCUGGCACUAGGUCGCAGGCAGGUUCUGAAGUGUCUGUUGGACAUACAGACAAUCUUGACGGACACAGACCAACGAUACAUUCUGAAUGAUCUCUACAUCAAUGACUACUGUGUUUGGAUCCAGGGCGUCAGGAACGAGAAACUGGACAGUCUGGCAGCAGCAUUGAGAAAGAUAAACAUUCGUAAAAGCGAUGUUGAUUUGUCUCUCGAGGAGCUUGAGGCUGCAGCUCAGGCAACAAUGGAGGAACAGGAAGGAGUUGUGAGGAAGCUGGAGAAACUAUCAUUGAAGGCCACUUCAGACACAGAUAGUGACGACAGCUCAGAGGAGGAGGAGGAAACGGAUAGUGAGGAGGAUAGUGAGGACACAGAUAGCAGUGAUCACUCCACAGAUGAUCAUAACACUAACACUCUUGAAAAGGAAAAGAGAACACAUUGUGAUGACAUCAACACACAAACUGAUGACUCAGUCACACCAACUGAUGACACUGUCCAACAAGCUGAUGACACGAACACACAAACAGAUGACACGAACACACAAACUGAUGACUCAGUCACACCAACUGAUGACACUGUCCAACAAGCUGAUGACACGAACACACAAACAGAUGACACGAACACACAAACUGAUGACUCAGUCACACCAACUGAUGACACAGUCCAACAAACUGAUGACACUGUCCAACAAGCUGAUGACACAAAUACACAAACAGAUGACACGAACACACAAACAGAUGACACGAACACAUAAACUGAUGACAUGGAUACACAAACUGACAACAUGGUUCAUGCACAAAUGUCACCGAGAACCUCAAAAGGCUUCAACUGUAGCUGAGAAAACUGUAUCAGUGUGAGGAUGAAGUAAAGACAGAAGGAAUAUUUGUCGAAGGAAUCACAGUUGUUUACUGAUGUAAAAUACAUUUACAGACACU